UCUCUUCUAACGGCUAAACUCUAAGGAUAUAUACAAAAUUUUCAAUAAAUUUAACCCUUCACCCCCUCGUCUUGUCCAUUGAUCGGUCAGUCGGCGGUAAAAAUACAAAAUGGGCCGAACGGCGGCAUCUCUUCCGGUCACUCUCUUCUUCCUCCUCCUUCUCACCGCCCUACCACCCUCCCUCUCCUUCUCCUUCUCCUUCUCCCAAUUCAAAACACUAUUUUCACUCGCACAUUCCCUCAUGACUCGCGUCGCCAAUCUACGCGCCUCUCGCGGCGACUUCGCUGGCUCGCAACGAGCGAGAAACAUUGCCCAAAAGCUCGAACGAGGGCUCGGACUUAGCUUCUGGGGCUCUAUCUGGUCCCUUGCAUGGGACUACACCAAGAACUACGCCUGGAGGGACCUCCCCUUUUCAGAACUCUACGACGCGGUUCCCGACAUGAACGAAUUGAUUAGGGCCUUUGCGGAGUUGUCUCAGUUGGAAUCGGAUUUUGCAAGGGCGAAUUGGGUAUCUCGGAAUUACCAAUCUGUUCUCAGGGUCUCCAAUUCGCUGUUGAAAAGGCUUCUUAAAGUGUUUCGAAAAUCGGGGGCUUGGAGGGAAGUGGUGGAGACAGUUCAAAAGGAAGUGGUGGACGGUGGAUUGCUGAAGGAUUGUUUGGAGCUGGGCAGUGGCGAUUUGAAAGGAAUUGUUCAGAUUCUCAAGGAUUUGGCUUUGAAUUUCUAUUCCUCCGGCCGUUCUAGUGAACUGUAAGAAUCAGAGACCCAAUUUUUCCUCUUCGCUCUUAGUUUUGAACAGAAUGACAUAAUUCAAAUCUUCCCCCCUCAGUUGUUUCUUACUUAUUUUGAGAUUUGAACAUCAAAUGCCACUCCUGAUAAGUAAUCAUUUUUUUUAUUAGAUAACUUAUAGAGCUUUUCAAAUUAGGCAGCUCCCGGAAGGAUCGUUUUAUGAUGUGUAUAAGAAAUGGUGUCAUAAUCUAUUCCAAAUAUAUAAGUAACUUUUCUAUCGAAUGGAUUGGAGUUGUAUCAAA